AUGAUCCUUGUCCUCAGAGAGAAGAACCUUGUCCUCAGAGUGAAGGAACUUGUCCUCGGAGUUAAGAACUUUGUCCUCGCAGUAAAGAACCUUGUCCUCAGAGUGAAGAGCGUUGUCCUCAGAAUGAAGAACCUUGUCCUCAGAGUGAAGAACCUUGUCCUCAGGGUGAGAAACCUUGUCCUCACAGUGAAGAACCUUGUCUUCAGUUUCUGGAACCUUGUCCGCAGAGUGAAGAACCUUUUACUCAGAGUGGAGAACCUUGUCCUAAGAGUGAAGAAACUUGUCCUCAGUGUGAGGAACUUUGCCGUCAGAGUGAACAAACUUGUCCUCAGAGAAAACAACCUUGUCCUCAAAGUGAGGAAUCUUGUCCUCAGAGUGAAGAACCUUGUCCUCAGUGUGAAUAAACUUGUCCUCAGAGUGAAGAACCUUGUCCUCAGUGUGAAGAACCUUGCCCUCAGACUGAAGAGCCUUGUCCACAGAGUAAAGAACCUUGUCCUCAGAGUGAAGAACAUUGUCCUCAGAAAGAAGAACCUUGUCCUCAAAGAGAGGAACCUUGUUCUCAGAGUGAGAAAUCUCGUCCUCAGAUUAAAGAACCUUGUCCUCAAAAUGGAGAACAUUGUCCUCAGAGUGAGGAACCUUGUCCUCAGAAUGAAGAACCUUGUCCUCAGAGUGAAGAACGUUGUCCUCAGAGUGAGGAACCUUGUCGUCUAAGUGAAGAACUUUGUCCUCAGAGUAAGGAACCUUGUCCUCAGAGUGAAAAACCUUGUCCUUAGAGUGAAGAACCUUGUCCUCCGAGUAAAGAACUUUCUUUUCAGAAUGAAGAACCUUCUCCUAAAAGUGAGGUACCUUGUCCUCAGAUUGAGAAACGUUGUCCUCAGAAUGAAGAACCUUGUCCUCAGAGUGAAGAAACUUGUCCUCAGAGUGAGGAACCUUGUCUUCAGAAUGAAGAACCUUGUCCUCAGAGUGAAGAGCGUUGUCCUCAGAAUGAAGAACCUUGUCCUCAGAGUGAAGAACCUUGUCCUCAGGGUGAGAAACCUUGUCCUCACAGUGAAGAACCUUGUCUUCAGUUUCUGGAACCUUGUCCGCAGAGUGAAGAACCUUUUACUCAGAGUGGAGAACCUUGUCCUAAGAGUGAAGAAACUUGUCCUCAGUGUGAGGAACUUUGCCCUCAGAGUGAAGAACCUUGUCCUCAGAGAAAACAACCUUGUCCUCAAAGUGAGGAAUCUUGUCCUCAGAGUGAAGAACCUUGUCCUCAAUGUGAAUAA